AAUUGACAACUAAGCUAGCCUGGAAAUUUAUUUAAAAAUUAUUCGUAUUCCAGUUUGUGCUUUAACUCAACACCUAUUCGAAUAAAAGUUGGUGCUCUAUUAGGAAAUAUAAUAUAUUUUGUAAUGCGAGUCUUAAUCCUGUUUCUCAGCUUACCUGUAAGAGUUAUUAUAAAAGGGUUAUUGGUUUAGCACAAAAAGAAUGGAGUCACUUUGCAAAUAUCGUUGGAUUUGCAUAAUUAUUUUAUUAUUGAUAAAACGAGGAAUUGGCUUUAAGUUAACCGUUGUACACAACAAUGAUAUGCACGCUAGAUAUGAUCCCAUGAAGGGUUUCAGUGAGAAUUGCCGCAAAGGAGAAGACGAGCAGGGAUUGUGCUUUGGGGGCUUUGCUAGAGUAAAAACGGCUGUGGAACAGAUACGAACCGAGCGUACGACGCUGUUUCUAAACGCUGGCGAUACUUUUCAGGGUACACCCUGGUAUACAUUGUUCAAGGGCGAUUUGGCAGCCGAUCUAAUGAAUAUGCUUAACCCAGAUGCAAUGUCACUUGGCAAUCAUGAGUUCGAUGACAAAGUCGAGGGCUUGCUACCAUUUCUCAAUAAGGUCCAGUUUCCCGUCGUUUGCGCCAAUUUAGAUUUAGCAAAGGUACCCAAAAUGAAAGCCAUCAAGAGUUUGGUAAACUCAAUCAUUAUUACAAAAUUCGAAAUGAAAAUUGGCAUUAUUGGUUACUUAACGCCCGAGACCAAAACUUUAGUUGCAUUAAACGAUGUGGAAUUCUAUCAGGAAAUACCAAUGAUUAAUGGCGAAGCAAAAAAACUCACAAAACGAGGAGUCAAAAUUAUAAUCGCUCUUGGACACUCUGGCUAUCAGAUGGAUCAGGAAAUUGCCUUGAGAUGCAAGGAUGUUGAUCUUGUCGUCGGUGGACAUUCGCAUACGUUUCUUUUCACAGGAAGUCCGCCGCACAAGGAGAAAUCGGCGGGCAACUAUCCAACAGUGGUUAUCAGAUCAAAUGGUCAGCAAGUUCCCGUUGUUCAGGCCUAUGCCUUUACAAAAUAUUUAGGCGUACUCGAUAUGGAGUUUGACAAUGGAGGCCGCCUGCUCACAUUCGAUGGUGCACCCAUUCUAUUGGAUCGCACAGUGAAACAUGAUUCUCAAGUCAAGGCUUUUUUGGACAGCAAGAGGCAGGCAAUCGAAGAGCUUGAGGGUCAAGUGGUGGGCGUAAGUAAGGCCUACCUAGAUGGCGAUGGCUCUCAUUGUCGGACAGGUGAAUGCAAUCUCGGCAACCUUAUCACAGAUGCCAUUGUCUAUGCUCGUGUUACUGAAAACUUGGGCGGUAUUUAUUGGACGGAUGCGUCAAUAGCGUUAUACAACGGUGGCGGAAUACGUGCGACUGUCGAUUCGGGAGUUGAGGGAACUAUUACGAGUGCGGAUAUUAUCACGGUGUUACCAUAUAAGAAUGAAAUGAUGGCCACCCGGAUUAUGGGCAAGGAUCUCAUCAAGUCACUGGAGUAUUCGGCAUCGUUGCGCAAAACAUCAGCAAGUGGGGGAUUUUUGCAAGUGUCUGGUAUUCGAUUUAUUAUCAACUACAAUUAUCCGAAGGGAAAACGCAUUUCAUCCGUCUAUGUGCGGUGCUCCGAAUGCAAGAUUCCAAAAUAUGAGAAUCUACAUCAAGAUGAUUACUAUUGGGUAAUAGUUAGCAGCUAUCUUUUGGGCGGAGGUGAUGGUUACAGAUAUUUAAAGGACGCUAGACAUCCACAGAUCAGACCGCUGACACUUACCGAUACCGAUAUAUUAACCAAAUAUCUUCAGGAGCACAAAAUUGUUUAUCCCGCAGUGGAAAAUCGCAUAACUAUUGUGGGGAAGACGCAUCUCCGUAGCUCGGCAAUCCAAAUACAGGCUUCACUCAUUCCAUAUGUUAUGUAUUCGUUAUAUAUUCUUGCGCAAAGUCGGUUUUUGUAAUUUGUGUAAUAUAUAACUAGUGGCUACUAGUUUGGAAUUAUGCUCUAGAAAUAUAUUAAUAUAAAAGUG